AUGUAUCUUUGCUUGUUUUUCAUUCUGCUAAUUUCUUCUUCUUCUUCUUCUUUACUGAAAGACGAGUCAAUUUUGACAGAUGGGUUGUCUUCAAUUUUUAGUGUUUUACAUUGGGGAACGUUGAAAUGUUCAAAGUUUUCUCCUUUUUGUCAACAAACAUUAAAUAUAGCAUUCUUGAUUGAGCAAGUUUCGGAAGAAAUGGCAUCUUCUCAGGUAGAAAUUGCCUCUUCUUCUUCAUUUGGUCAUGUACUUAGAGAUCGUAACAGGCGUGAUCGAUGUACUCAUAGGGAUUCCAAUGUUUUCCAGAAGAAUCUAAAAGAUUUGGUCCAUACACAUAUCCAUUCUUGCAUUUCUUCAAGUCAACCCACAAAUACUAAUAAUUCUUCUGAUUCCAAUGAAAAUUCCCGGCACCACCGACAUGUUGACUAUGCAGAUUUAUGGGUUCAUAAACCGCAAUGGGACAACAAUGAGAACAGUCCUACAACCGUUGAUAAAUGGGAUAGAGCUAGAGAAAUGGUGAUUUCUUCAAGGCCAUCGAAACAGAGAGGAGAAGCUUCUUCUUGUUCGCUUGAAACUACUACCGCAACCACCACCGCCGCCGUCGAAGUGCCUAAUUCAGGCGGCGUUUCUACUCUUGUCCGACGGUGGAGGGAUUUCGAAACGGUGUCUAAGAGCGUGAAUUUGGGGAACAAUUCGAAUCCAAGCAGCGCUAAAAGCAAUUGUGAAAAUGCUGCAUUUGCGGACUUAAAUGUACUUCAGAGAGGAGAUGAUACAUGUGAUGAAUCUUCAGUCGAUGGACGAUUUGAAACUCCGGCAACAAGCGUGAAUGGCGAAUCGUCUGGGGAUUGGGAACAGGCGUAUAAAACUGCUAUGAAUGAUAUUCAGGGUUGUAAACAAACAGAUACUAAUAAAGAAAGGGAAAAGCUUAGAGUUGCUGAUAUCAUUAGGAAAUUGGCAAGUAGUAAUGGUGAAGAGAAUCAUGAGAAUGAACACAAUUGUACUAAUGCUGCUCCUCUUGCCACUGGUGAAUGUUUGCCUCGAAUUAAAACAUCAUUUGAUCAUUCAGAACAACAACUACAACAAAGGAAUUUUUUCCCAGUUCUGCAUUCGCCUCGAAUCAUCAGAGGUCGAAAGGCAUUAAGCGAUUUGCUCUUGCAAAUGGAGCGUGACAGACUCCGGGAACUUGACACUCUUAGGGAACGUAAGGCCGUUUCCAAGUUCCAACAAAGAGGUCGUAUUCAGGCUUUGCUUAAAGUUAGAUUCCUGCGUCGUGUCACAGACGCCAGAGAUGAUCGAUCAACCAAUGGAACAUCAUCCGAAUCAAAUAGAGUGUCUAGUUCUGCAAUCAUGCAUAUCAGGGAAAGGUUCAAUACAGGAAGUCAAAAUGGUGUAGCUGACUCAAGAAGCCUCUCAAGAGAAGCGGCAGAGAACACCCAGGAAAGCCGGAAUUCCACACCAAAUCAGCUAAGAGUACAGAACUGUGAUAAGGAGAACAAAGGUAAUAAUGCUGUAAAAGUUGGAAGUGAACUAGCAUCCCAUAAGCAAAGAGAAGGGAAUCAGAAGCAGGAGAUUAUCAGAGAGAGUGCUGCAAUGCAGCCUGGUGUAGCUGACUCAAGAAGCAAUAGCAGUCCUAAAUCCGAAAUUGCUUCCACAUCUACACGAGAGGAUCAUCCUGUGCCUAGAGACCCAAUGACUCUCUGCAUAAAGGUAAUAGAUAACAAUACACAAAUUGGAAAAGUUUUUACAUCCAAUCAACUGCAAGAAGAGAAUCACCACAGGGAAGUAAAUGAGAAAACAAGUCCCCGAAUGAUGACAACAAAUGUAAAAGCUACUAACUCAUCAAAUCCCCAGACAGAAAUGUCAAUUCAUACCCGACAUUCUGACAGUUCUUGUAGUCCGAAACAUAAUGAGGUAGACCGUAGUCCUCAAGCAGUUAGCCCCAGUUUACUACAUUGUACUUCACAACUGCACAGCUCAGAUGUUUCCCAUGACCAAGCUAGCUGGGAAAAUGCAAGCUGUCAAGAUAACCAUGACAAGUCGCUGGAAUUUUUAGAGACAUCAAGAUCUCCCAAGGAUAGUGAACAAAGUGUCCAUAGAGAAGAACAAGAUGCAAAUAAACUGCAGCAUGCAGGAACUAGUAAUGAGUGGUCUAGUGAGAGCACCAAACCUCAAAGUGACUGGGAAGAGGAAGCUACCAACCAAAAUCUAGUGGACAGUGAUUGUGGCUGGGUAAGUGAUUAUUCGCACACACCAAGUGGAUGGGAUGAACUACAGUCUAAUUACCAGCAGCAAUCAGAAUCCAACCAAGACUGGAUAAAUGAUGUUUCUCGUCCACGUGAAGAGUGGGAAGGUCUUAGGCAAGAAAGAUACCAAGAGAUGCUUGAUCCUUUCCUAGAGAAUCAUGAUAUUCGCCAACUUCUUAACAGAAAAAGUGUUUCAAUCUUUCUCAACAGUGGUUUGAGAGAGAAAAUAGAUCAACUAAUGGCGUCUCGCUCACAAGAACUACCUAAUGCAAAAAGCGGACAGCUUGAGAGAAAAGUAGGGGCACACAUGACUAAAGAAGAGGCCAAGGAGGGGGAAGUGCUAUCACAUAUAGAAACACGAGCAGCCGGGUGUGAUGAUGAUGAGGAAGAAGCAGACUCGGGUUAUGAGGAUGACUUUGAAGAUGAUAAUACUCCCAUUAGACAACAAUACCUCAGACCUGAGGAAUUAGUUGACCAGAACAAAGCUUCACACACUUUACAGUCAUGGAGAAAUAAUCAGGACACUUUACCAUCAUGGAGCAAUGAUCAAGACAGGGGUGUCAGUGAUGACUCCUAUCACCUUCCGUCUAAUUCUUUACCACAACCUCAAUUAUCCAACAUUUACUCCCACCACAAUCAACAAUGCUCCUCCUCCUCCACUAGACACCCUUCAAUCGAAAUGGAACUGAUAUAUGAAUUGCGAGGACAUAUGGAGCAACUCCACCAAGAGAUUUUUGAAAUACGAAGAUCAAUAAACAGUUGCAUGAACAUGCAAAUGAAUUUACAACAUUCCAUUAAGGAUGAGGUUGCAGCUGCAAUAAUUCAGUCAGGUCCAAUGAUUGGGAGUAACUCAGAUAAGAAGAGUGCAAACAUAGCAAAUUGUUGUAUUUGUUAUGAGCAGCAAGUUGAUUCUCUCCUUUACAGGUGUGGGCAUAUGUGCACCUGUUUCAGGUGUGCCCAUGAAUUGCUUUGGGGCACCGGAAAAUGCCCGAUAUGUGAAACCCCCAUAAUAGAUGUUGUCCGUGCAUAUAUACACUCAUGACGUACAGGUUAACCGGAUUUUGUUCUGCUGAUGUCUAACUUUUUGCCCAAUGAGAGAUGAGCCGAAAGAUGAUUUUUCGUUUUCUUUUCCUUCUUUUUUUUGGUUUUAAUUGAAUCUUGUGAGCCAUGGAACUGUUUUAUGGCUAAUUUAUUUGUCUAUAACAGGUUUAGAGUUAGUGGAUGAAUGCUCACUCUCCCCUGGUUUUCACUAACCAUCUUUUGUAUACAAUAGGAAAAAAGAAAGCAAAGUUCUUUCUAUGACAUUAGAAAUUGUGUCUUUUCAAAUUCUUUGUAACAACAAUUCAAAUGAAAAUUGGAAGAGUUCCUUA